GUGAGUCCUUCACGAAGGUACUUCAUGUUAAAAGCAAUGAUCGGGAAACGACCGCGUGAUUAGAAAUUCCGUCAGAAUGGCGGUUCGUGCACAGCAAAGGCCGUCCUAUCGUCGCAGUAACCCGUAGGUAGCGUUUUAAUACUCAAGCGACUAGAUAUCAGUCAUAUCAUCAGGCUCAUCAAAUUAAGGAUCCGUUACAACCAUCCUAACUACAUGUCCCUCAUAUUUUGUUUUUGUUGUUUUUUAUUUAUCUUGUGCGACUCUAUAUUGGUCUAGUCUAAAUGAAUCCGUAAACUCAUAGCGUGUAAAAUCAAAAUUGUGAAUGCCUCACAGGCUGAUGUCAAGUUCGUAUUCUUACCACAUGAGCUACUUCCCACGCAAAUAAUAAAAGAGAAUUAGAAAUAGUGGGACUGUAAUGAACGGAUUAAGUGUUGGAAACAAAGAUGGCAAGUCUUGGAAUUUGGAUCAAAGUCUGUUUGUGCAUAAUGCUUAGUAACAUUUCGAGGUGAGGCUAUAAAUUAUGGACGACAUUUAAGCUAAGCUAGACUGACCUUGAGAGUGUCUGCCUAAUAUCCAUGACCAAAUGAGGGUUCUAAACUUGUGUGAGGAUUUAGAACUAUGUUUCAAAGUUGAUGAUUAACGUCAGGAAUCAUAUUUCGGGUUUUCAUCACGAACUGGCAUAAGCUAUGAUGCCAAAACUAUUUGACCAAACUGGAUGAAAGAAUUUCGCGCCAAUAUCCGAGGCCUAUUAUCUUAUACCUUGUUGGUUCGUCCAUUACUUAUAGUCUCGCCCAUUUUGGAAUUAUAUCUGAUACCGUUUCGUGACGGGGAUCAUAACUUUAAUUCCUAACCCCAACAUCUAACCUUCAAUCCCAGUUCGAAUUCGCACACUAAUCUACGACCAUUGUUUGACCAUAGUAGGUAGAUAACUUCAAAAUCUACAUUAACACGUCAACCACAAGCUGUAGUCCCAACACAAAAAUCAAGGGAAGUUCUGUAUGGGUAUUAAGAAGCCUAAUUUUCCUUACUUCCUCAGACUGAGGUUUAGUGAAAAAGUAGAUCACUUGACUAAUUUAAGCAGAGGUCGUGGUGUUAAUUUCGAGACAUUUCACCUCUAUAAGGAAAUUCAUGGGCACGUUGCCACUGUUUUUUGUCAGGUGUCUAGUCUCCUGUCGAUAACCUGGUCCACUCAAGACCGAUUAGCAUAGGAUAUCUAUUUUAAUCAUUUUCUCUGAGUGAUUGCUUUUAUAAACCAACAACUAAAAACUAGGAUACAAACCAUGUUCACUGCUUACAUUGCAUCCAAUUGAGCAUCAGAUUCUUAACUUCGUCUCUUUGUAUUAUGGGUUCAGUAGUUCGUGCCUUUACGAAAGUUCUCUUAUUUGUAAUGACAUCUAGAGAAAAGUGUACAAACAUCUGACAAACGAUCUGAAAUCUUGAUUAUAGUCGAAUAGCGGUUACACGUUAACUCGUGGUUGAGACAACCGCAAUUUCUGGAACUAUUUCAAAAGCUAAAGCCAUAUCGAUCUAGCCAAGAUUGUAGUUUCGUGCUGUCAUAUAUCUUGAGUUAGUCAUGGUAUAUUUGAGUACUGUUGUAUAAAUGUGAGUGAAUGAUAUGAACAUGCUGUAUUUCUCUCUGUAUACUCUUGAAAUGGCAUUUUUAGCAUUAUGUUUAAUGACAAUCACAAAAAUGUAUUCCCCUUCAAUUUCUUCAAGGCUGACAUAUGCGUAGUUCUAUCAAAACGCAAACAUCCAAAUUAUGUACAGUUUAUUAUUAAAAUCUAGAUUUUUUUCAAACUAUUGGGUUUCCUAGCGGACAGCAAGUAUAUCAUAUAACAACCAUGGGGAAAGAAAGAUUGUGACAAUCAAUUAGUGUCAUUUAUUUCUAUACAAAAGAUUUCUCACAGACCGGUCCCUUUAUUCCACAAUUCCCCUUGGAUAUUGUUAUGUUAGAACCGAAUCUGAUCAUUCCUGCUGAUGACCAAAAACUAUUACAAUGUUUAUUAGAUCAUCAUGGGAAAUUAACACCAUCUCCUGAUUCUCAACACGCUCUGUCGAAUUUAAACAAUAGAAUUUGUGAAAUUUUGGAUAAUAUUAUUGUAAAUCCGUCUAUAUUCGAAUCUGGGCAAUUGGAUCAUGUUCGUUCAGUUGGAUCUUUCAAAUUGAACACGUGGUUGAAUGGUUCAUGUAUAUCUGACUUGGCCUGUGUUUUUCGAACACUCCCAACUCUUGAAGCUGUACAAAAUUUAGCAAGUUUUGUUCGUCGCCAGUUGACAAGCAAUAAUUCACCAUCUGAACAUGUUAAUUGUAAAGUUGAAUUAGAAAGCUAUGGAUUUUCUGUUGCCUCAGGAGACUAUAUUGUACAAGUAUUAAUCACUACUACUCCAAUGAAUUUAAAUCGAACAAGUCCUGAUAUACAUAUUAGUUUAGCUGCACAAAAGAUUGCUUUGGCUUCAAUUCGUCAUUUAAGAUGGGCAGAAGAAAAUGCAACACAUACUACCGUGAAGGUUUUAAUCCGUAUCUUGAAAGAUUUUCGGCGACGUUUUCGGGGUUUUAGUUAUAUGAAUUCCUGGUUGAUAGACUUGUUAGCUCAUUAUGUUGUAAUGAAUAAUCCAUCACGUCAACCCUUGCCACUUAAUCAUGCGUUCAGACGUGUAUUCCACCUAUUGGCCAGCGGUUUCCUUCUUCCUAGUAGUACAGGUUUAAUUGAUCCUUGUGAACAAGGGAAUUUACGUCUUCACUCGUUAAUGUCUCUUGUUGAACAGGAUGAAAUAUGUUGUACAGCUCAAGUACUAUUACGAAUUCUUAAUUACGGAGAUUACCCAUCACUAUUCACGCAUACUGAUUUGGAUGAUACAUCAAGAGAACAAUUAUUAAAGACCGCCACAAAAUCGAUUGAUAAUCUGAGUAUUUUAGAGUGGCCCGAACCAGUUGCAUUGCAUUCACAACAGAUAACAGAAAAUGGUAAAAUAAAAUUUGAUUAGACAGAAAAAAAAGCCAAAUACAUUUGUUUUUUAAAUGAA